AAUUCGAAUCAGCUGAACUGUCAGCCAAUGGGCUCAUGUCUUAUCAUCAGAGCAAAACAAGAUAACACAAUCUUGGUUCGAAGAAGAGACCCUAUUGUGACAUCCAACUCGCCCGAAAUUCGACACCAUGGACACUUUGACGGCAGUUUUGAUCGGAUCGGCCAUCAUCCUUGGGGCCCGAAUCCUGGCUCAUAUUCUAAAAUUUCGGGGCUAUUUCGAAUUGAUCGAGGUGCCUAGGGUACGAGAAACCACCUAUGGGCUCCAUCGAGUGGUGUUUCCCACGUUUGAUGUGGCUUGUAUGCACAAGUACGGACGCGUUUGGGGCAAGUACGAAGGUGUGACCCCUCAUGUGUUCAUAGUUGAGCCGGAAUUGCUCAAGGAUGUAUUGGUUAAACGAUUUGAGUCGUUUGUGGAGCGACAAUAUUUCCCCAUGGAGGAUAAGCACAGAUCCUUGGUUGAUGCCCGAUCAGACGCAUGGAAGACCAUGAGAAAGGCGCUCACGCCCCUUUUCACCUCUGGGAAGCUCAAGAACAUGUUCGUGAACAUGCACAGCGUGGCCGAUGAGUUCAUGGACGCCAUUCGGGCGCACUUGAAAACCAGCGAUGUGGUCGACAUGAAGCCGUUAUUCCAGGCCUUGUCUUUGGACACCAUUGCCAACUGUGCCUUCGGAGUGAACACGAAUUCGUUUCAACGUCCCAAGAACUCGCUCUUCCAACGUUGCCAAGAUCUCUUUAGCGAUAUGAGGGUGAAAAACGCCACGGAAUCGGCUCUGCUCCUCUUGGGCAGCUACUUCCCCAAAGUCCUGGAAUGGAUCGAUCUUUUCGGGCUGGAAAACUUUGAAUAUCUGUUUAACACCACGCGGGAUAUCGCGUUGGAAAGGCAAGAAUCCCGUGGUGAUUUUGUGGACAAACUGAGAGAGAUGAAAUCCGAGUGUGACAAGGGGAAAGGAGAUCUGAACGAAGACCAGAUCUUUGCUCAAGGGGUGGGCUUCUUUCAAGCUGGUUUUGAGACCUCCUCCAACACCAUGACCACCUUGAUGUACUCUUUGGCCAAGAAUCCCAAAGUUCAAGAAUCGGCCUUUGAAGAGGUGAAAGAAGUGUUGAAAGAGACAAAGGGCGUGGUGGAUUACGAGGCUAUUGCCAAGAUGACCUAUCUAGAGGCUGUGAUCAAAGAGAAUCUACGGUUGAACCCCCCAGUCACUCGAAUUGACCGAACUUGCAUGAAGGACACGAUGAUCGGAGGCGAAACCAGCCCUCGCCUCAAGCUCAAGAAAGGUACUGUGGUCCAGAUUCCCAUCUACGCCCUUCAUCGGAAUCCGGACUUCUUCCCCGACCCUAAUACGUUCAAGCCCGAACGAUUCAUGGAGAAGGACGAGUCCAUGGGCGAUAUGACCUUCCUGGCCUUUGGUGGCGGUCCCCGAGUGUGUAUUGGGAUGCGAUUCGCCAUGUCCGAGAUGAAGAUUGCCCUGGCCAAGUUCAUCUCGCAAUUCAGGGUCACGGACACGUCGCACACGAAGCUGGACCUUCUGCCGGGAGAUUCGUUCUUCUUGGCCUAUCCCGAGAUGAAGGUCCGGAUAGAGAGUCGAGAUUGAUUAUCAGAAGCAUCACUAGAAAGCAUUUAUUUGGGUACUCUUUCACGCAUGACGAAUGAGGAUGAGGGUUGAUUAUGGAGAUAAAUUAGAAUGAGUCCAAGUCCAAAUUCCACCGCUCGUGUGGCUGGUCGGUCGGGUGCUAAUUCGUCGUGGACCCCAUGUGAAAAUGGGUUUGAAAGUAAGCUGUGAUUAAAUUGAUGAUAAUGAUAAUAAAAAUCAUCAUCAUGAUAGAAGGGUGGCUGUCCCCUGUGUUCCACUUGGUCUGUCUAUGCCAUGUAAGCAUAUUCA